UAAAGCUGCGCGCGCAUGCUCCCUCCCGCCUCGGCUCUGCACAUGAUGGCGGCCCGUGUCUCUGACGAAGUUCUGUGUAAAGAACUGGGCAAAUAUGGCGAGAAAGUUAAGCUGCCUCUCAACGACAGCAAACGUUCGAUACUACAGAAGAAACUCAAUCAUCUACAGGCCAAAAACAAACGCAAAUCCACAUCCAUACGACACAAAUCGUUCAACAAUGAAAUGUCUGGCUUCAGCUCGGAUGACGACUCGGCUUUGGUGAAUCCUUCUGCCACUAAAACUCUGCCAAAGUCGUCUUCUGCUAGUUCGAGAACGACCCGUGCUGCAGCUGCAGCAGCUGCUGCAUCAUCUAUCAAUGCCAGCCCUCCUCCGUCUCCGUCGAACGUCCCCAAGAGAAGGUCGAUGUCAAACCUCAACAGUAGCGACCAUCUUCCCGACAAUACGCACAACAAUUCAAAAUAUGGUCUACAUUCUCCGACAUCCGGAUCGAACCAGACGCCCAGGAAAUCUCCCGGCGUCAUAUCUUACCAUUCAUCUCUCAGCGGCAGUAACACCAGCAACAUAGACAGUUCACCUGGCAACAGCAUAUACUCUAACCACCAGGUCCACCACAGACGGAACACGAACCUGAAGCCUCCUCCUCCAGUGACCAAUUCCGGUCGUACGGGAAUCUACUUCGAUUCCACAGAUUCGGAUAUCGAUGCCGAUGAGGACGAGAACUCUAUAUCUUCUUCCAAAUCUUCAACAUUCUCCAACAGCUUUGCUAAAAGCUCCCCUUUAUACUCCGCACACUACUCUCCCUUAUCGAGGACUGGUAACUUCACUUCGCCCCCAUUGUCCGUUACGAGUACCCCGAAGAAGAAAACGACGCAGAUUCUGAGCGAAUUCCGUCAGAAUUUCACCAAGACUCAACAGAACCCUUACAAAAGCAGCUUUUGGGAUAAUUACAUUCCGUACGGCUUCAGUGGGAGUAGAAAUGUCGGUGAGAAGAAUUCCCACUGCAUCUCCCGCAUCUUGCCCAUCGCCGUGGUGCUAUUCUUCACUUUCUUGGGUAUUAUGUAUGUCCGCAAUUGGUCCGAGCCUAGUCUCUCUCCAGAGAACAAUAAAGCUUCCAAACUAGUGGCUGGUGUGUGCUCUAAAUACUUGCAGAGAAAGUGUGAAACUGUUGACAUUGAUGGCAUCUUGAAACUAUUGAAAAUGUUUCGUGAGAAUUUGAGUAUCAGAUAUGGAAAUAUCUUGUGUGGUCAAAAUUCAAAUGGAAACAGUAAGAAUAUGUCUAAAGAAGUUGUCAGUCAAUUAAUUGCAGCUGAAGUCGAAGAAGAACCGAUGAUAAUUGAGCAGUUAAUUAUGUGGCUGAUUAUCAGCAAUGAAGACUGGGGUAUCAGACCAUUGACUGUAAAUGGUACCACUCCUGAAAGAGUUGAAGAACUGGCUUAUGUGGAGAGUUACACUCCAUAUAUGAGUUUCACUUGUCGCCUUCGAAGAGCUAUCUUUGACACUAUAUACCAGUUGCUUUUGGGACUUUUAGGGGUUGUUUUGCUUAUUUUAUUGCUGCGUUUUUGCUUGGUGCAGCACCAGAAGAAGGAAGAGGAACAGCAGCAAAUCUAUGAAAUGAUUGAGAAAAUUAUCGAUACACUAAAGUCUGAAUGUGAAGCAAUGUCUCGACAUGAUGAGGAGCCUUACCUAGCUGUACAACAUGUCCGUGACAAAUUAUUACAACCGUCAAAAAGGAAACAAUUGCUACCAAUCUGGAAGAAAGCUGCCAAAUUUAUUGAAGAGAAUGAAUCUCGAAUCCGACAUGAAACUCGAAUGAUUGAAGGAGAAGAAUUUGAUGUAUGGCGAUGGUUACCAGUCUGCUGUACAAGUUCCCCUCACAUGACUCAAUCCUUGAACCUGAAUAAUGGAGGUAAAAUUUGGCAAGGUCAAGCAUUUGGAGAACAUGAUGAUAUCAGCAACAAUACACCUCCGUACAGCCCUACACCAUGUCUGAAAGUGCGUAACAUGUUUAAAGCAGAUGUUGAAGAAGGUGAUGACUGGGAUGUACAUAUAGAAGAUGCAAUCUUAGAAAAGUGUAAAAAUAUCAAUGGAAUUCUUCACAUUCAUGUCGAUAAAUCUUCUAAAGAGGGAUGUGUCUACAUCAAGUGUGACAAUUGCGAAACUGCAGGUCAUGUGUACAGAUCUCUCCAUGGAUGGUGGUUUGAUAGACGUCUCGUGACAGUGAAGUACCUCCGGCUGGACAUGUACCAUGACCGUUUCCCAUCAUCUCGAGUUGCCGUUAAAGCUAUGAAACCAUCUUCACACAGCAGAACACAUUCAGUGUGUCAACAGCCCAUACAACGAUACAGUCUACAGAUGACAUAGGUCACACCAUUGCUUUCCAGUGCCUUUCUCUCUCUCUCUCCGACAGCCCCUUCUCCCUUUUUUCUCCUCUAUCUUAUACCCAUUGACAUUUCAUGGACUCUACAUACACUCUACUACCAUGUGACUUUUAUUACUGUCUAAAACAUGUUAUAAUAUUGUCAUAAUAUCAUCACCACUAUUAUCAUCAUCAUCAUCAUUACCGACUAUUGGCUAUUACUUCAUGUCAGUUUCCAUAGCUUUGUGUGUGUGUGCGUGCGUCUAUCUGUCUGUCUACCUCUCUCUCUCUCUCUCUCUCUAUGUGUGUGUGAGUGUAGACCUGUUGUAUAUAUUGCUGCCCAGCAACUCCAUGAAUCUGUGUGUUUGUCAUAUCUAUCUAUAUAUACAUAUAUUGCCAUAUAAGAGGACUUGUAUGUGCAGUGUAUUACAUCUGUGUGUUGCAGUGGUGUGCAUGUGUGUGUGCUUGUACAGACAUUAAUGUAUCGUUCUCUCUGUCUCUCUCAAUAUAUACAUAUAUAUAUAUAUAUUAU